AUGUUUCUACGUCAUGGAGGUGAAAUCACUCUAUGGAAGUAUCUUGGGAGUCGUGUCUCGUCGGUUAUCGUUAUCUCCUCCAAAUCUUCAUACUAUGCGCCAUUUGAUUUAGCAACACCAUGGUCACAGAUGCUUCGAGGUUCGAUCGUCGCCCGUCCGCGACCUUACACCAGCGACUGGCGCAUCAAUACCAUCGGCAUGCCUGGUCGGGGCCACCGUAUUACGACUUCAUUCUCCGACCAGCAUGGCUCAACAAUUGCGAUUGCGAUUCGAGAUGCAACCUAUUUACUAGACUUUAUCGAGAAAAAGUACCAACCAAAUGAACAUCAGCCAUGCACCAACGAGGCUGUCGAGUUCAUCAUCUCCCAGCUGAAAGCUUAUGGGGAGAAGCAUCUCGAGAAAAUUGUCGGCGUUGCAAUGCACAGGCACGUUGCAGCCUCAUGUCCGGAUCUCUGCUCCCGAUUGUGGGCCGAGCUCGAUAUUAUUCCCUUGGUGUUGCCAGGAUUGAGCUUGCUAGGUCGAUUUUCCUCGCGCGCACAAGUGCAACCCCGAUCUUGGGAGUCCAAGACGAUUGACGAACAGGCCGAAUCAAUGGCCCGAAAAUGUGUUAGGCUGUUUGGACCGGAGAAUUCUCCCCUGCUACAAGUGGGAUAUAUGGGCCUCGUGGAGGUUGAUACUGACUUCCACGUGUGUCUAACGAAUCUUGACGAUUUCAAGAAGACCGUUUCGGCUCAUACGUGGGAGGCAUGUAAUUUUUAUGCUGCUGACCUCAAGAAGCGGAAGGUGAAGAUUGCAUUCUUCAGCGCAACACCGCAGGGUGGAGGGGUGGCUUUGAUGAGGCAUGCUCUGGUUCGCUUUUCACACUCAUUAGGUACGGACAUCAAAUGGUAUGUCCCUCGGCCACGGCCGGGUGUCUUUCGGGUGACCAAGCACACACACAAUAUCCUUCAAGGCAUCGCAAGCCCAGACGAGCGCCUGAGUACCGAUGACCGGAACUUACUCACUGGCUGGAUUGAAGAGAAUGCUAAGCGAUACUGGACUGUACCGGGAGGUCCCCUGUGCUCACCGGCGGAAGGAGGAGCAGACCUGUUGAUUGUCGAUGAUCCUCAGAUGCCGGGUCUCAUACCGGUUGCUAAACGUCUAGCACCGGAACGACCGAUCAUUUUUCGAAGUCAUAUCCAGCUCCGAAGUGAUCUUGUCAACGAGCUGGGGACUUCUCAGGCAGAGGCGUGGAAGUCCCUAUGGGAAAACGCCAAGCUUGCCGAUUGUUUCAUCACUCACCCCGUCAGUGAAUUUGUGCCUCGCGAUGUACCACCAGAGAUCGUUGGCUACAUGCCCGCAGCGACCGAUUGGUUAGAUGGGUUGAACAAAAACAUGCGAGACUGGGAUGUCGCCCACUAUGGCCGGAUCUUUAACGCAGCCUGCAGGAAUGCAGAGAUGCCAACGAUCCAACAUCCGGACGCACGCUUUGACCCGUCUAAAGGAAUCUUCGAUGUGUUGGAUGCAUAUGAGAAGUUCCACAAUCGGCUCGCUCGUGAACAGCCUAAAUUGAAAUCCCCGAAGCUCCUGAUAUGCGGUCAUGGCUCGGUGGAUGACCCCGACGGAGCGGUCAUCUAUGACCAAGUGAUUGAUCACAUCGAACAUAAGAUUCCUUACGUUCGCCAUUUGAUCUGCGUCAUACGAUUGAGGCCCUCGGAUCAGGUUUUGAAUGCCUUGCUAUCGAAGGCGACGAUUGCGUUGCAACUGUCGACUCGAGAAGGAUUCGAGGUCAAGGUUUCAGAGGCAAUCCAUAAAGGUGUACCCGUGAUUGCCACGCGGGCUGGUGGCAUUCCGCUCCAGAUUGAGAACCACAAGAACGGUUUCUUGGUGGAUGUCGGUGAUACGGAUGCUGUCGCGAGGCAUCUGUUCGAUCUCUGGACGGACGAGGCGCUCCACCGUCGAAUGUCGGAGUAUGCGCUCGGCCACGUCUGUGACGAAGUGAGCACCGUUGGCAAUACCUUGAGCUGGCUCUAUAUUGCCUCCAAGUUCUCCAAAGGAGAGCCUGUGCGGCCCAAUGGGCAGUGGAUUAACAACCUAGCGUUCGAAGAGAGCGGUGUCUCCGUUGCUCCCGAUAUGUCUCGUCUGACUAGAGAGGUUGAAAUUGAAAAGAUGGGAUAG